AUGGCGCUCCUCGUGGACAAGCAUCGCCCUCGCACGCUCGAAACGCUCACCUACCACUCCUCUCUCUCCGACCGCCUUCAAUCGCUUGCCACCUCCGGCGACUUUCCUCAUCUCCUCAUCUACGGCCCUUCAGGCGCGGGCAAGAAAACUCGCAUCUCCGCCACCCUCCGCGCUCUCUACGGCCCUGGAGUGGAAAAGAUAAAAAUCGACUCGCGUGUCUUCCAGACCACCUCCAAUCGCAAGUUGGAGUUCAACAUUGUCUCUUCCAAUUACCAUCUCGAAAUCACUCCCUCAGAUGUGGGCAACUAUGAUCGCGUGGUGGUGCAGGAUCUGUUGAAGGAAGUUGCACAGACUCAACAGGUCGACAGCUCCGCCAAGCAGAAGUUCAAGGUGGUGGUCAUCAACGAGGCGGAUGCGUUGACGAGAGAUGCCCAGGCCAGUUUAAGACGGACCAUGGAGAAAUACAGCCCCAACCUGAGAUUAAUCCUCCUGGCGAAUAGCACGAGCAACAUCAUCGCGCCCAUCAGAUCGAGAUGUUUGUUGGUCAGAGUCAGUGCGCCGACGGUGGAUGAGAUCCAAGAGGUGCUGGGAAAGGUUGGGAAGAAGGAGGGUUAUGCGAGCUGCGAGGGUUUGGAGAGGAAGAUUGCCGGGGAUUGUGGGAGGAAUCUGAGGAGAGCGUUGUUGAUGUUUGAAGCGGUGCAUGCGCAGAAUGAGACUGUUUCCGAAAAGACACCAAUUCCACCUCCAGAUUGGGAGGCUCUGAUCGAAGUCAUUGCAAGRGACAUCAUCGCCGAACGCUCCCCGGCGAGGAUCUUGGCAGUAAGGGCGAAGCUGUAUGACUUGCUCACGCAUUGCAUUCCUGCGACCACAAUCCUGAAGACUCUGACGUUCAAACUCCUUCCCAAACUUGACGAUGCGUUGAAACCAGAGAUUGUCAAAUGGGCAGCUUUCUACGAACAUCGCAUUCGAAUGGGCUCCAAGGUCAUCUUCCACCUCGAAGCCUUUGUGGCCAAGUUUAUGAGAGUCUACGAGGGGGCUCUCAUGGGUAUGGACAUGGACGACUUCGACGACUGA